AUGGCGGUGGGUGCUUACCGGAAGGACACCAACACUAUUCAGCUGGAAGUGAUGUCGCCGGAUGUUACUCCUCUCUUUCUGGAAAUCCCUCUCAACGAAUAUGAAGCUCCAAAAGAUAUCCUUCCUCCAAAUGCUAGCAGUACAUUGUAUGUAGAGGGUUUGCCUGAGGACUGUACAACAAGAGAGGUGGCACACAUAUUCCGCCAUUUUGGAGGUUACAAAGAAGUUAGGCUCGUACCAAAACCAUCAAUAUAUCCUGGAGCCAAUACCUUGAUUCUUUGCUUUGUUGAUUUUCUGAGUCCGCUUCAUGCAGCUGUUGCAAUGGAUGCCUUACAAGAAGAUAUGCUUCCUCCAAAUGCUAGCAGUACAUUGUAUGUAGAGGGUUUGCCUGAGGACUGUACAACAAGAGAGGUGGCACACAUAUUCCGCCAUUUUGGAGGUUACAAAGAAGUUAGGCUCGUACCAGAACCAUCAAUAUAUCCUGGAGUCAAUACCUUGAUUCAUUGCUUUGUUGAUUUUGUGAGUCCGCUUGAUGCAGCUGCUGCAAUGGAUGCCUUACAAGGUUAUAAAUUCGACCUUGAUGAGCAUGAUUCAGGCAACUUAAUGCUGCAAUUUGCUCGCAAUCCUGGUGUGACGUCAGCUGGAGGGGAUUGUUGAAACUAUGUGUAUUUACAGGACUUGCCAUGUUUUGAGAGCGAAGUUAUGAUGCAAGCGUGUUUCUCUGAUCAUGUAUAUUAACUGUAGCUGGUGCUUAGCAGUUUGAAGACAAAGUUGCUUGUUAGAUCAAAUUGUUUAAAUUUCUUUUUAAAUUCGCUACAACUUAUGACAUUAUCAACUUGUGCUCUGUUGUUUAGUGUCUGAUUGCUAUCAUUUGGGUCUCGAGACUUUUUAUGGUUAAUCCUUGCUCGAAAGUGUAUGUGCUUUAAUUCCAUGGUGAUGGUGAUGGUUUGUGGAUUUUUAUUUGGAGUCAA